CAAAUCUCGAUUUUGUCAAACUGGCACUCACGCUGACAAGACUCAAAAGCAAAAAAAAAAUGGCGAGCCUUCUUGGUUUGCGCUCUAGACUACUUUUUAUUAGGCUUGGAUUUCCCAAUUCUCUCUCUUGCAGCUCAAGCCCUAGAAAUCUCCGCCGUACACGGCGAACUUUCCACCACCACCACCACCGUAAUCUUCGAACUCUAGCCAGACCGAUUUCGAAAAUGGAGCAGAGCACUGACUUAGCUAACGGUGGAGAAUCGAGCUCUGCUAGGGUUUCCACGAUGUCCAACGGCGGAGAUGCCGAUCACCGAAUCGGCCACUUCCUGCUGUCCCCCUCCUGCGCUCUCAAAAUCCAGAAGGGAGACAUCACUCGGUGGUUCGUCGACGGCUCUUCUGACGCCAUAGUCAAUCCAGCAAAUGAGCUGAUGCUUGGAGGUGGUGGUGCUGAUGGAGCCAUACACCGAGCUGCUGGCCCAGAACUCCGAGCAGCAUGCCAUAACGUACAAGAAGUCCGACCUGGAAUUCGUUGUCCCACUGGAGAAGCAAGGAUUACACCAGGUUUUAGAUUGCCUGCUUCUCAUGUAAUUCACACUGUUGGCCCCAUAUACGAUGUUGAUCCUAACCCUGAAGCCUCUUUAAGAAGUGCAUACAGAAACAGUUUACGUGUUGCCAAAGACAACAACAUUCAAUAUAUUGCAUUUCCUGCUAUAUCAUGUGGUGUUUUUGGGUAUCCUUUUGAUGAAGCUGCCAUGAUGGCUAUAUCAACUGUUAGGGAGUUUGCAAAUGACUUCCAGGAGGUGCACUUUGUUCUGUUUGCUGAUGAUAUAUACAAUGUUUGGUUGAACAAGGCAAAUGAAUUGCUGCACGAUUAGUGAGUACGGUUGCCUGACGAUCAGCAGACCCUAUUAUUUACUGGAGAAGCAGAAUGCAAAUGGUGGAAUGCAGAUAGUUAUAUUCCAAGUUGAGAAUGACAUUUGCAGAACUAUCAUAUGUGGAUCAGCAAGUUGUGGAUGGAAAAAUGGAUUAUUUUUAGUAUGUAGUUUUGCUACAUUUGGUUUGUUAGUAUCAUAUGUGCUGUGAAUAUUUAUGUGCUUGUGGCAUUACUAAUUUAGCACAACAAAGUUGCAUUGCUUGGACACAUAAUUUCACAUUUUUACUUGAGUUUUACAAAAUGA